GCGUCCCAGAAACUCCGGCAGGACCCCGACGGGACCGGCGCGCCGGCCCGGACCCGCAGCCCCGCGCGGCUAUGCCCGGUGCCCCCUUCCCUGCCGGUCGCUCGUCCUGCGCCGCAGCCCGGCCCCCGACGGCCUCGCGUUGAGAUGACUUUCCGCGACCUCCUGAGCGUCACUUUCGAGGGACCCCGGCCGGACAUCAGCGCCGGGGGCUCGGGCGCGGGCGGCGGCGCCGGCGCGGGCGACACGGCUUCCUCGGAGAGCCCGGCGGUGGGCGGCGUGCCGGGAGCGGCAGGGGGCGGCGGCGGCGGCAGCGUGGUGGGCGCGGGCAGCGGCGAGGACAACCGGAGUUCGGCGGGGGAGCCGGGGGGCGCGGGCGGCGGCGGCGAGGUGAACGGCACGGCGGCCGUCGGGGGCCUGGUAGUGAGCGCGCAGAGCGUAGGUGUGGGGGUCUUCCUGGCAGCCUUCAUCCUCACGGCCGUGGCGGGCAACCUGCUUGUCAUCCUCUCGGUGGCCUGCAACCGCCACCUACAGACCGUCACCAACUACUUCAUCGUGAACCUGGCCGUGGCCGACCUGCUGCUGAGCGCCACGGUGCUGCCCUUCUCGGCCACCAUGGAGGUUCUGGGCUUCUGGGCGUUCGGCCGGGCCUUCUGCGACGUGUGGGCCGCCGUGGACGUGCUGUGCUGCACCGCCUCCAUCCUCAGCCUCUGCACCAUCUCUGUGGACCGGUACGUGGGUGUGCGCCACUCGCUCAAAUACCCGGCCAUCAUGACGGAGCGCAAGGCGGCCGCCAUCCUGGCGCUGCUCUGGGCCGUGGCGCUCGUGGUGUCCAUGGGGCCGCUGCUGGGCUGGAAGGAGCCGGUGCCCCCGGACGAGCGCUUCUGCGGUAUCACCGAGGAGGUGGGCUACGCCGUCUUCUCCUCGCUGUGCUCCUUCUACCUGCCCAUGGCGGUCAUCGUGGUCAUGUACUGCCGCGUGUACGUGGUCGCGCGCAGCACCACGCGCAGCCUGGAGGCGGGCGUCAAGCGCGAGCGCGGCAAGGCCUCCGAGGUGGUGCUGCGCAUCCACUGUCGCGGUGCAGCCAGCGGCGCCGACGGGGCGCCCGGGACGCGCGGCGCCAAGGGCCACACGUUCCGCAGCUCGCUCUCCGUGCGCCUGCUCAAGUUCUCCCGCGAGAAGAAGGCGGCCAAGACGCUGGCCAUCGUCGUGGGCGUCUUCGUGCUCUGCUGGUUCCCCUUCUUCUUCGUGCUGCCGCUCGGCUCCCUGUUCCCGCAGCUGAAGCCGUCCGAGGGCGUUUUCAAGGUCAUCUUCUGGCUGGGCUACUUCAACAGCUGCGUGAACCCACUCAUCUACCCCUGCUCCAGCCGCGAGUUCAAGCGCGCCUUCCUCCGCCUGCUGCGCUGCCAGUGCCGGCGCCGCCGCCGCCGCCGCCCGCUCUGGCGCGUCUACGGCCACCACUGGCGGGCCUCGGCCGGAGGCGGCCCGCACCCCGACUGCGCCCUCAGCGCGGGCGCCGCGCUCCCCGGAGCCGCCCUGGCCCUCACCGCGCCGCCGGCCCCCAGCUCCGCCGCCGCGCCCGAGGGGCAGGCUGCGGGCGCCGGCCGUCGAAAGCCGCCCUGCGCCUUCCGCGAGUGGCGGCUGCUAGGGCCCCUGCGGCGGCCCACCACGCAGCUGCGGGCCAAGGUCUCCAGCCUGUCGCACAAGAUCCGCGCCGGCGGCGCGCAGCGCGCGGAGGCCGCGUGCGCUCUGCGCUCGGAGGUGGAGGCCGUGGCGCUGAGCGUCGCCCGCGAUGUGGCCGAGGACAACACCUGCCAGGCCUACGAGUUGGCCGACUACCGCAACCUCCGCGAGACUGACAUUUAA